CUCGAUCCUCCCACUCUACGACCAUCACACGCGAUGUCUUCUCCACCCAUCUUCCAUCAACCAUCAACAACUCACACUCACACCGUAGUCUUCUUGCAUGGGCGCGGUGACAAUGCGGAAAUUUUCAUGCAGUCAUUAAACUACUCUAGAGACUCACAAAACCGCACUCUUGCAGAUGCGUUUCCUUCAUUCCGCUGGGUCUUUCCUCAGGCGAAGUUGGGCAAGUCAGUGGCCUUCGGCGACAAGGUCUCGCAAUGGUUCGACAUCUGGAACGUGUCCAAUUUUGCCGACCGCGAAGAGCUUCAAGCCGAGGGCCUCAGAGACAGCGUUGUCGAGAUCCGAGAGAUCCUCGCCGCAGAGGCACAGUUGCUGGGAGACAAAUGGAGCCGCAUUAUCCUGGCUGGGAUAAGCCAGGGAGCAGCAACGGGCGUCCAUACUCUGCUCAACUUACGACUCCCGCCAGGGCAAUCUGGGCUUGGGGCAUUUGUCGGCUUUUCUUGCCGCAUGCCGUUCCCUGGGAGAAGUCUCGCCGAUACUCGAGCAAUUCUCAGGCUUGGACAUGUUGCAGAAGGAUGUGUUCUUCUUGAACAUACUCCGAUUUUGCUAGAGCAUUGUGUUGACGAUCCACUUGUUUUGAUUGCCAACGGCCGUGUCUUGAGAGACACUCUAAGGAGAUUCGGGGCGCAAGUUGAAUGGAAAGAGUACCAAGAAGGAGGGCAUUGGUUUAAUUCUCCUACAGGGAUGGAUGACGCUGUUCGCUUCUUGAACUUCUAUCUAUCUGAGUAAUCCAGGGUUUACUUAAAACUUACACUCGACUCUAUUCGAUGCCCGAAAAUCCAUAUCGAUGUCAGAAUCAGGAAGUAGUCUUUGAAAGAAAGGAGUCAGUUUCGUUAUUAGAUAAGACGCAUCGAUUACGAAACUCAUAAAACCAUGAGAUAACUGGGCCAUCCUUUAUCACUAAUCAAAUUGGGGGCCAUGAUGGUUGUCGUACUUGUCCACGCCGCGAGAAUAUCCAUUGUAUCGCUUGUGGCCCCUCUAACUCUUCAAAGC